GUAAAGUUUAAAAGUCAAAGUCUCCUUCUAUACUGCGUAUUAAAGUGAGGAUCGUUUUGGAAGAUAAUACAACUCUCCAUGUGUCGUGAGUCAGUAAAGUUCUUGGCGCUCCUGCCCGAGGAUCGGCCUAUCCUCGUUUUUGAAGCUGUCUGUGAUGCACGAUAGAUUGAUUUUACCGUCAAUCUGCCAUUAACUCUUAACUUCCUUUAGGUGUAUGGGCCUAUUUUUGAAUAUCAAGCAAGAAAGAACAAAGAACAAUCGAGAGGAAUCAUCUAUCAAUGUGAAUGUUGUCGAGAUCGCUCCUGUAUUGAAACUGCGCUUCAUGAUGUUGAUGCUGGUACUAGAUAAGCCCCCGUGCUAGCGGCUCGC